CAGUAUGGCAGCUGUAGGUUGCUGUUUCUCUGUGCAAGCACUGGUGCUAGGGUUUGUUGUUUGGGGAGCCUGGCUAAACUGCAUUGUAGCUGCACUUGAAGGUAAAAAAAAAUACACAGGUAGACAAAAUAAGAGGUCUCUUUCUUUAAGAUAAAUGUUUUCUAGGAGGCGCGUCUGACAGAAUUUGAAUUGUGAUUCAUUUUAUAUAAUAAUGCUCAGUACAACGACCAAGUACAAGCUAAGGCAAAAGCAAGGUUAUUACUAAAUCACCCCCGAAACCGCCUUUUUUUUUCGGAAAGGUUGCAUGCAGUAGACAUUGUUUUGCGGAGGUUUGAAUACUCGAUUAGAGAAACAGAUCAAGAGACUUACUUAGCGUGCUACUUACAGCACCUUUUGCGGAAUUAAGCUGACUUACGAAUAUUCAGUUUGUACACUAAAUUUACUGCCCGAAAGAAAGCAUAGUGAAGUCAGCUGGUGAAGUGUUCGUUAAAAGUUAUUCACGAAGCGAUCCGUAUUUUUUGUUAAGAUGUGGCCUUAACAACUAGUGUUAAGACAGUUAAGUAGCUCGAGCAGCACUUAAUUAAAGCGACGUUGGAGUAUUUCUCUGACUUAACGUAGCUGGCUUAAAGAAAGACUUGUCUCUCAAGAGAGCACUACUGGCUAAUUUCAUGUAAUUUUAAAGCCACCAAUUGUAGAUAUUUUCCGCUGCUGACUCCUAUGUAAAAAUAGACGUGACGUCAGCAAAGGAAAAUAUCAAUAAGUUUCCUGAGAUCCGAGCAAGGCUAUGUACGGGUAAUGCGGUCAGAAAAGCAAUAGGUUUAAUUAGCCAAGCGACAACCUUGCCUGCACAUCACUUUUUUCUGUACAGUUAUUUUGCCGUCACUGCAUAACUAGAACGUAAAAAUGCCCAUAAUUUCACCUUUUAUGUACGACGUUAACAAGCCAAGAAGAAAUGUUAUUUUGCCUUUUUCUGAGUAGUAAAACACCUCCAGGAGAGUUCAUCAUAUUUGACAAAGUCGGUGAAGAUUGUGCAUUCAAACUACUUUAUUGUUCGACGGUAUGGAGUAGUACGAGCAAGAGGAACGUUAGAAAACUUCAGCUAGUUCAGAACAAUGCCAGCAGAAUCGUAGCUGGUUUAAGAAAGUACGAUCAUGUUUCAGAAGCCCUGAAGUCCCUUAAAUGGCUUAACGUAAGGAAUAAACUGCUUUUUAACGACCUAGUGAUGGUGUACAAAAUUAAUGCUUAAAGAACCUAACAACUGGUUACCAUCACGGGCGCUUUCAAUAUCGUGCAAAAACUCACCAAAGAGACACUAGACAGAACAAUGACCUUACGUUGCCUCGGUAUAGGCUGGCCACUGGCCAAAAGACUUUCACCUACCGUGGGGCAAAACUGUACAAUAGUAUAGCUAAAGAUAUAAGAGACACGGGAAAUCUUAACGUUUUUCAAAAUAGAAUUUUUAAAUUUCUUUUUAAUUCAUGGAUAGUUUUUUCUAUUAUUGAAACUUAAAUAGUUUUUAAAAUUAUUGUUUUAUUAUUAUCAUUAUUGUUUAUAGAAAUUCGUUAUUUUAUCAUCGAAAUGUAAAUAGUUUCCUAGUCUAUUUUAUUUUAUCUUAUUUUAUCAUUUUCUUUAAAAUUCGUGUAUAUAUGGCGGAAGAGCCCCCAAGGGGGUCGAGCUAUGCAAUAAAGUUAAUGUAUGUCUGUAUGUAUUUUAAGCAACGUUUUUACCUGCCAGUCACCGUCCUCAAAUUUUUGAAGCCAGGUUCCUACAUAUCAUUGCUCGAAAAAAAGGCGAACCAACAAUACGAAAAAAUCUCCCUUUGCAUCAACCAGUGCUGAAAUGCUCUAAAUCUAAUUAACGUCCAAUUUUUAACAAACGCUUUUGGGAAUUACGUUUGGCUUACGGAAAAGUAAUCUGGUUUAAUACAGCUAAAAUUUUGAUGAAGACACAAUAAAACAAGUUGGAGAAGGAAUCCCGUAUAUCUCUAUUUAAGCUGCGUCUUGAGGGAGAAAACAAAGAAUACAAUGGAACGUUACCACCAAGUUCCUGUAUACAGAAGAUUUACAUAUCAGUCAUUGUUUAUAUUGAGUUAUUCUUAUGUUUCAAUUAUUCUACCUUUUUGGGCUGCAGGUGAUUUUUUUAUGGGGCUUCGUACGUUUUUACCGGCCAGUCACCGCCCUCGAAUCUUUGAAGAGGUUCCUACAUAUCAUUGCUCGAAAAAAGACGAACCUUCAAUACAAAAACAUCUAACUUUGAAUCAACCAGUAAGGAUAUUCUCUAAAUCUAAUUAACGUCCAAUUUUUAACAAACGCGGUGGGGAAUUGCGUUUUGCUUACGGAAAAGUAAUCUGGUUUGAUAAAGUUAAAAUUGUUUUGAAGACGCAGUAAAACAAAUUGGAGAAGGAAGCUGCGUCUUGAGGGAGAAAACAUAGAAAUAAUACAAUGGAACAUUACCUCCAAGUUCCUAUCUCGAAGAUUUACAUAUCAGUCGUUCUUUAUAUUGGGUCAUUCUUAACUGUCAAAUUUCUUCCUUUUUGUGCAGCAGGCGAUUUUUUUAUGCGGUUUCGUACGUUAAUUUUUACCGGCCAGUCACCGUCCUCAAAUCUUUGAAGAGGUUCCUACAUAUCAUUACUCGAAAAAAAGGCGAACCAACAAUACGAAAAAAUCUCACUUUGCAUCAACCAGUGCUGAAAUCUGUUUUAAAAAAGCUAAAAUUUUCCAAGUUCCUGUAUAUAGAAGAUUUACAUAUCAGUCAUUGUUUAUAUUGAGUCAUUCUUAUGUGUCAAAAUUUCUACCUUUUUGUGCUGCAGGUGAUUUUUUAUGGGGCUUUUCAGUUGCAAAAACUGCACCAGUAGGUGCAUAUUUAUUUUUUUCUAUGCCUUUCUGAUCUUUUGCAAUUUCUCUUCAUUAACGAUUUACUUUCCAAAGGGUGGCUUACAUAUAACACUGCUUUUUCCAACCUCAAUAGCACUAAUUACUGGUGUUGAGAAAAAGGUGCAUAUUUCCGCAGCGCAGUAGAGAAAAAGGAAAGUUAGCUUUAAUUCUUAUCAUAAAUUCGGCAACACGGAAAACUUUAGGCUUUUUGUGCGAGGAUUAAAUAAGUAAAGGAUUGCCAGAGGAAAGUUAAUGAAAUUAGUAAUCAUUACGCACAGUUAACAACUCAGUGACUCUAAUGCAUCUGAUGGUUUCGGGUUUCUGCCAAUUCUGGCAAGUUUUUUUGAGAAAUUUCAACUUAGCUCGCCCAUGCAGUAAGUGGUUAUCAAUAUAGCGCUCUUUUUUGCAAAAUGAAAACGCGGAAAAAUGUGGCUGAAACGCUCUCGAAAGACGAGAACGGAACGCUAGUGGGGACGCUAUUAUUCUGACCUGUUUUUUAAUCAAAUACUGAGCGUAAAAAGCCCGAUUUGUUAAAAUGAACUAGGUAUCAAGCGGCCGACUAGUAGAAAUCAUUACCACCGCUAAUUGGAAUAUAGGCCAUCCUCAAACAGCACCUUGACAAGAUCGUAACCUCAGCGGAUGAAACAUUACUCAUACCCUUUGUGCACUCGUGUGUCUAGCCUGUUCCGCGAGUUCAGAUCGUGGGGACGGCGUGAAGAGAUGUGAGCACUAUCGUGUGCCCUAAUUUCUCUUUUCUAUUUCCCUUCAAACACCCCCUGUUCAGGCUAAUUUCUCUAUCAAACAUCAACUACCAGUAAACAUUUAACUGAUUACUUUCUGAAUUUCUCUCUAAGGUCAAUGCGCUCGUAACAACCGAUACGUCACAUUUCUAACGCCAGUUAACGGAUUUUACCUUGAAGGCCACGUGUUUUUAAAUCUCUCAGUGGAACUAAACCGAGACUGCCAAGACCAAUGCACGCUAGCCAGAGAUUGUGUCUCCUAUAAUACUGGUCCCCGCAUUGACAACAAAAUGGCCUGUGAGCUCAGUAAUUCAGAUGACUUGCAGCACCCUGAAAAUCUCAAACCAAGACGCGACUGGAACUACAGAGGCACAAAGGUAUGACAUCUGUAUCAUUUUAUGUCUAGUUUGUUUUCAUUGUAUUUCAGUAUAUUUUUAUGUCAAACAUGAAAAGAUAACACUCUCGAAUCUGCUAAGAUGGGCGGUACACCCUGGGGUGUGAAUGUCAUGGAGUUGCACGGGCCUUCAGUUCCGUGUGAAUCUGGUUGAUGAUAGUUGCUAAAGCAAGAGUAGUGAGUCCCCACCUUAUACACGACACCACAAACAACAACGGGGAGAGACUCUUAAACUUUUGCCUCGCAACCAACCUACGACAUGCUCAAUCCAGAUUUCCCCACCCAAGGUGAACGCAGUGGUCCUGGACCCACCCGUUGGGCUCUUGUGCCAAAGUUGACCAUAUUCUGGUCAUUGGUAGGUGGCCUAACUCACUAAGAAACUGUUAGUGUAGAGCUUACAAACGUGUAGAGAUCGACUCCGACCACCGCAUCCUACGUGCCACUCUUAAAGUGAGUCUUAGAAGUACCGAAGGCAAACCUGUAAAUGGAAGAAAGUACAGUUUGAAGAGACUCGCGCAUGAAAACAGAAUUUCGUUAAAACUUUCGAACCACUUCGCCUCCCGGCCCUACGAUUCCAAUUGAAGAGCAACUCAAUAUCAGGAACAGUCAGUCGAAAGUAUAACACGUAUCAUAUAGUGAAAAAGAGGAAGGAAGUGUGUUUCAAAUGGGUUAGCUUAACUGGGUCCCCAAAGAAACAGAAGACCUUCAGAAAGUUUGAAAUGACGCAAAAAGCAAGCGCCUGCGCCUUAACUACUAAGGAGACUGACUAAAACACACACCAGAUAAGAGAUUUUUGUCCUCGAAUGCAGUAUUUAACUCAGUGUGACGGCGCUGCUGUUGUCCCUUUCGUAAACGGUCGCUGCUAUUUUUACGAAACUUAAAAAAUUUUUGACCUGUUAUUGAAAGUGUUUCUAUGAAAAAGAAAGAAAAUCGCAACCUAGGGCCAAACCAGGCCUCGAAUCCGGACUCUAUCCUAACCUCUCUCUCAUACCACUGACAUUACCACACCAACCCGCCAAAAUUCCCAAAAUUUUAAGUAAAUACACUAACAAACUGUCUUUCUUAACUGUCACACCAAUAACAGGUGACCCUAGCCCUUUUCGAAAAUUUUAACAACAACAACAACUUGGGCUCCAACGUCGUUCUUUCUAACACUAUUCGAAAAUCUAUUUUUUGCCUCUUUGCAACUUAAUCCAGGGAAUAUAUCACUAGUGGCAUCGACCGUUAAAAAUGGCAAAGACCGUUUACGAAAGGGAAAUAGGCGACGGCACUUUAUUUGUAUACUAGAUAUUUCUUAACGCACACUAAUAUUGGCUUUCCGUCCUGAAGGCCCCAAGGGUAGAUUUCCACUGUCGUAAGUACGCACGUAAAGUUACGCGCGUAAAUAAAACAGAAACAGUGUAUGGAAGGUCAUGCGUAAACGUAAAUUUGAACCUCGCUCAACUUUCACGUUAACGCGUGGCCUUUCAUGCUUUGCCUCAAUUUCAUUUACGCGCGUACAUUUUACCUGCGUUCCCAUGGAAAAAUUACGUGACAGUGGAAAUCCACCUUCAAGAGAAACGACUAGCAUCCCCGUCAGUCAUUUUCAUAUGGGAUUUUCCUCUGGGGAUCCAAUGACUCUGCGGAAUUUAGUAGGCAUAUGAGUCAACCACUUGAACAGUUUAUACCAAGUGUCAACAGAUUGGAUACCCUAGGUACCAGAGGUUUUUUCUUGCGUGCGGCGGGAUGCAUCAUCAUGCAUCAUUGGACAUAUCCUCGGCAGAAGCCCGACGCCACGAGCGGCAAUUAAAGCACCGCCAAACCGUAAACCGUGUAUAACAAGUCGCGGGCACACAGGGUACAGAUCGGAAAAAUUAAAAACAGUAUGUCAAAACACUUGUUGAAGGUCAGAAGUGAAGGACGUUUUGUCACUUGUAGUUCUUACGUAAGAACGAAGAUGGGAGGGUUUUAUGUACAAUGUGUUUCCUCUUAAUCAGAAUCUUUGCGCCAAGAAACCUUGCCUUAACAACGGGAAGUGCUCAAUGGGAUAUACUGAGAAGAAAUACGUUUGUGUUUGCCCGGCUGGCUACCACGGAGAAAACUGUGAAAAAGGUAAACAGUAUAUUGAUAAUUAAAGUACACUCCUUUUAUGACAAAGCUGUUUAAAACGAAGCAGUUAUCCAAGUUAUCCAAGUUCGAACAGAAGUAAGUCCAAGUUCUAUCGGUUUUCGCUACCAAUUUAUCAAACCCAGACUUUGAAAUCUGCAAAAUGUUCCACAAACACACUCCAUUUUUGUAGCAUGGCAGCGGGCGUGGCUAAAGUUUAAAAGUGCUUUAUGGAUAAUUGUUAUUUCAUUGUUAUCCUCCUUUUAAAAACUUCAAGCUAAGGAUACUUGCUCAGGGCUGUCAAUCCCCCACGUUUUCAAAUAUUGAGGAAGGGAUGAUAGAUGACGUCACAAUGCACGGCACAUUAUGUCAUUUGUAGAAAAAAAAAAGCGCGAAGAAGAUGUUGUUGGAAUUGUAACAAUUGACCUAACUGGUUAACUUACCACCAAUCACAUUAUUGCUUAUAUUACAAUGGCAUACCGGAGUUUGUGAGGAAACGUUCGAUGUUAAACAUCGCAAAAUAUUUGAAAUUUCAUUGUCAGAAAGCCGAAUCUACAAGAAAUGGCAAACUUCGGCGAUUAUCCGGGAGAUUUCAGACUGUUCCAGGCUCUCAGAUAGUGGGGAAGACGCGAAAGUGUGGGCGGGGCGGGAAAAAAGGGAAAACGAGGGGAGAGAGAGCGUGUAAUCAUCUCUUUUACGACCCUUUUCCGCUGCCUCCCCCUCUUCCCAGUUUCCUCCCGUUUUUUUCUUUUUCGCGCUUUCUCAAUUCCGCAGGCCCGACUAUCCCGUAGCCUGGAAGAGGCUAACUUUAUCCUGUAGCAGUAGGAGCCGAUUACUUAUCGGCUCCUGAUAGCAGUAGUUUAGCGAGACCGGACGAAGCAAGAUUUUAAAACGUAAACAUGAGAUAUUCCAACUUACAGUAGGUAAACUAAUAUUAAAGAAUGUUCAAGCAUUUCUUUUACGACCCUUUUCCGCCGCCUCCCCCUCUCCCCAGUUUCCUCCCGUUUUUUUCUUUUUCGCGCUUUCUCAAUUCCGCGGGCCCGACUAUCUCGGAGCCUGGAACAGGCUAUUUCGGACUCUAAUCUGGAGUUCGGAAGAAACGGUUCAAAAUCUCAAGUCAAGUCUCCCGGAUUAUCCGGGAGAGUUGACAGCCCUGACGUUAGAUAUAAUUUUGACUUGAGGUCUCAUGUUAUUGCAAAGCGCGGCAAUUGUAGCGAUGUUAUUGCUCAAUGAAUUGCUGGUAGUUGACAAAAUAGCCGCUUGUGUCAGACAAAUAUGUCUCGUGGCUGUUAUAUGUAAAGUUUCGAAAAGAAAAACAUUGUCGGGUGAAACAUUUUGCUUUGACAAACUUGGCUAUCAAUAUUUCAAGUUUGGGCUUCAAGUAACUUUGUUUGCAAUUUAUCCGUGAUUAUUGUUUCGUUCAGAUAUAAACGAGUGUGAGAGCAGCCCCUGUUUGAACAACGGAACUUGCACUGACAGAAUCAAUGCAUUCAACUGCUGUUGCCCGCCUGGAUUUUCUGGCAAUCGAUGUGAAAUUGGUUAGUAUAGUGUUAAGUUGAUUACCCUAUAAUGAUGUCGUACGGUUAAGACGUGCUUAAAUGUCAACGCCUAUCCCCCACUUCAGAAACUUCAAAGGAAAUGGCAGCACUGUCAACCCCCCACGUCUUCAAAUAUUGAGAAUUGAUGGAGAAGCGAUGAUAGAUGACGUCAUUAUGCACGGCACAUAACGUUAUUUGUGGAAAAAAAACGCGCGAAAAAGAUGUUGUUGGAAUUGUAACAUUUGACCUAACUGGUCUACUUGCCACCAAUCACAUUAUUGCUUAUAUUACAAUGGCAUACCGGAGUUUGUGAGGAAACGUACGAUGUUAACAAUAAAAUUGCUGAAACAACGCAAAAUAUUUGAAAUUUCAUUGUCAGAUAGUCGAAUCUACAAGAAAUGGCAAACUUCGGCGAUUACCCGGGAGAUUUCAGACUCUAAUCUGGAGACCGGAAGAAACGGUUCAAAAUCUCAAGUCAAGUCUCCCGGAUUAUCCGGGAGAGUUAACAGCCCUGACGUUAGAUACAAUUUUGACUUGAGGUCUCAUGUCAUUGCAAAGCGCGGCACUGGUAGCGAUGAAAUUGCUCAAUGAAUUGCUGGUAGAUGACAAAAUAACCGCUUGUGUCAGACAAAUAUGUCUCGUGGCUGGUAUAUAUAAAGUUUGGAAAAAGAGAAAAACAUUGUCUGGUGGAACAUUUUGCUUUGAAAAACGUUUGCUAUCAAUAUUUCAAUUUUGAGCUUCAAGUAACAUUGUUAUAUUCCUAGACUUUUACUCAAGUAGGCAGGGACUGCCAUUGGUUGAUUCUUGGUAACGUGGCCUUGACUAAAAUCAAAUGUAUCCCGAUCGUGAUACAUUAAACAAUGUAUCCCGCUCGAGAUACAUUGCAGCACGUGAUCAAAGCAUGGUGGAAAGUGGCGUGACAGAAGGCGGGAAAAACACCGUCAGGUCCUGCCAGUUUUCUUUUUUGUGAAUGAACACAACAACACAAGAAAAUCUGGUUGAUGAUGUUGUCCUGAUGUUUCCCUCGACUUCGUCUCGGGAAACAUCAGGACUCUCGGAAAAACAAAACUAACUGUUUCCCUUGGGAUCUGACAUUAAGUGUAUAUUGUUUUCUUACGAGCUUUCGUAUACCCUCUAUUGAAAAAUGGUACCCCUUUCACAUACAUAGUUCAUAGCUAUGCAUCCUUUUUGAAAGCUGUAAAUGCACUGUCUCUACAAUAUGAAAAAAUCACUAAACCACAACCGUUUUCUUGACUUUUUCUCAGCCAUUUGUACUACAAAUGAGCAAAGUGGAUCCUCACUGUCAUCAAUGUCUCACUAAAAUGCCCUCAAAACCUCUCGCCGAAAAAUGCGACGGAAAUACUUUUCUUAUUUUGCUAAUGAGUUCUUAAAACAAAUUUUAUUGGUCAAGUAGAUGUUCGUUUAUUAGAUCCAAGCACAAUCCAAAACAUAGGGAGGGCUAAUUCAAAUGUUUGAAACUGAGUCUAAAGACCUCUAAAUGAUGCAUUAACAGCGCAUGAUCAGCAGAAGCCCAUUUGAUGGGCUCCCGCAGCUCAGCUUUUAUGUCACAUUUUUUUUGAGUUUGCCAACUCUUAUUUUGGAUUAACAACUUAUCGCGAACAACCCGCCUAGAAAUAUUAGCCAAAAACUAAUUAUUACCGUAUCGAAUGAUCAUUUUGUUUUCAGUUUACAAGAACUGCGCUGAAGUCUACAAAUCCGGUGCCAAGAUCAGUGGAGUGAAUAAAAUUUAUCCUGGUGGUCUGGGCGAAUUUGAAGUGUUCUGUGAUCAGAAAACUGCCGGUGGAGGUUGGACCGUGUUUCAGAAGAGGCGAGAUGGCUCUGUUGAUUUCUUCCGCACUUGGGAUGAUUACAAACGCGGUUUUGGCAAUCUGAACGGUGAGUUCUGGCUCGGUUUGGACAAGAUACAUCGGCUGACUGUAAGCGGUGGUUAUAAACUCCGUGUUGCCUUGGAAGACAUUCAUGGAAAAACUGCAUUUGCCGAGUACAGCUCCUUUUCUGUGACAAACGAGACAGCGAAAUACCAACUGAAUUUGGGAAGUUAUUCAGGUAAGUUUAUGCAAGACUGAAAAAGAAUCAGUGGGCGAAAAAUGUUGCUAAUUGGCAAAUAUGACAAAAAGAAAGAAAGAAAAUGAGUUUUUUUUUCUUGCAAUUGAUCGCGAUUGGAAUGUGGAAGUUAUCAGUUGAUUUUUAUAACAACAAUUAACCUUAUUUGUAAUGUCAUAUUAGAUUGUAUAAAAAAGUUUUAAAAGGAUUGGCCCACGUCUUGAGAGUUCAGAAAUUAAGGGUAUGUCAUUGAUUGUUUAGCAAGUACAAGAUCUCUACCGGUUUCGAAGCUUUACUAAAUGUUUGUUACCUUUAAUGUUCCUUUUAAAACCUCUCGGGGGCCUUUCCAAUUUUUUUUUUAAAUCCUAGAAUUGUUUCGUCCCGUUUGGAUUAAAUAAAGUGGACUGAGAUUGCUUAUGCAGGAGUGAAAAUUGACCGGUUGAAAAACUCUGCGAAAAGUACCCGAAAAAUAUGACAUAUAUUUCGCGGCUUUUUUCCCCUUUUUGUAGGAAACGCUAGUGAUGCCCUUGGUUAUCAUCGUGGUAUGUCAUUUUCCACCAAUGAUAGUGAUAACGAUAAACACGGUGCAAACUGUGCCUCGCUGUAUAAAGGUGCCUGGUGGUACCGACAUUGUCACAUUUCCAACCUGAAUGGUCUGUACCUCAGUGGUAAGUACGAUUGUCAAGGAAUACGCUGGAACAGUUGGCCCAAGGGUAGCUGCUACUCUGUCAAGAAAACUGAGAUGAAGAUACGUCCAAACGAUUUUUGAGAUAUUUCUGGCACUUUGUGUUAAGUGAAACGUAUGUUUCUUGAGGUCUUAACAUUCUAACAAUAAAUGUUUUGAAUGAAGUUAAAAUCAAGUAAUGUAUUGAAAAACGCCAGUUUCAAUGAUUCUAAGUAACAUU